CUGGGCGUUUGUACGAGCAAUUAUAUUUCUUCUUUCACUUCCUGAAGUACAUUCAAUACUAUUUACAAGAUCCAUUUGUCUGGAAGGAGUAAAAGAUUUUGUAGAGAAGGAAAAUACAUGUAGUAUUCCGCUUAAAGAAGUUAAACGCCGGCUGACAGAAAGGGCAGGUCCGCCGACUUGUAAAUCACAGAUCUUCUGUAAUGUUUAUUUUGGCUAUAAUUCUGAUGAAGAUAUUUAUUAUUAUUGGUUAAAAACUGCACGAAUGAGCAUUUUUAAGAAAUUAAGUGGAACGUUCCAGAUCAGGAAAAGGACUAUAAACUGUAUUACAAAUUCAUCGUAUGUUAGAGAAAGGACUCUAUAUAUUCAGGCAUACGGUGGCUGCGAAGAAAACAGUUGGUGUGGUGAGAAUGAAGAGUGUUUGAGGAGAAAUUACGGCGCACUAGGCUACAUUGGUACUUGCGUCUGCUUAAAUGACACCUUGCGAUUAAAUAGCAUUUGUAGAAAAGUUGAUCUUAGUAUGGGUGAACCCUGUACAUUUGAUAUCCAAUGCAGCAAAGCAGGAUACAACAGAGUAUGUGACAAAGCCACUUCUACUUGUAAAUGUUUCGCAGGAUUUAGAGAGAUUAAUGGACACUGCAUACGAACUGAUUUAGAAGUCAAUCAAACCUGUUGGUAUGAUGAACAGUGUAAUGCAACUGCAAAUUCGAGUGUUUGUAGAAAGAACAUUUGUGUCUGUACGGAUGAACAUUAUUUUGCAAAUGGAUCAUGCCAACCAUAUAAAAAAGUAUUGCCAGCUGGUGAUACGGAAACAUCAAAGAAUCCACAACCAUUGCAGGAACGUGGAGAUACCAAUAUUGCACAAAAUGUUGCUGCUGUUAUUUCGGGAUUUGUGUUGGGUAUUCUGACAUGUCUUGCAGCUGUCUACCUUAUACAUUUACGGAGUAGGAGAAGGGAGCAAAAUCGAAAUACUGAAGCAAAGUUGGUGAAUAACAUCAGCUAUGGAAAAGAAUUGCCAAUUAAUAUUCAAACGGAUUCAAAGAACCUGCAGCAAGCGAAAAUUUCUCAUGUGAAACCUAUUAUCAAAAGGGAUCCAGAAUAUUCCAAUACACAUCAAGUAAAAUCAGAAACUAACGAUAUUUACAAUCAUCUUAAUGAAAAAUUAGAAGAUGACACUAUAGAUGUUUAUGACCACGCCGUAACAGGUGCCUCUGGGAUGUCAAAUGAAGAAGAGUAUACACAUCUGAGUAGAUGAUCAGGGCAGUCAACCCAUCCUCAGAUCUUCAGACUAGAUUUGUUCGCAUAGUGACUUAUUGCUGUAUCAAAAACUCCUGAAAAUCUACAUGACUACUUAACCUUCAGAAAAAGGGGAAUAGAAAAAAGCUCUUUUAAAUAUUCGUCUUACAAUUUUCAUGAUAUGAUAUAAUUCUUAUUUUUAAAUCAGUUGUAGCUUACUCGAGCUAAAUGGUUAUGUUAACUUUCUGUGUUCACAUUUCUUUUAGGAUUCAUUUUUCCAUCUGCUUAUAUACAUUUGUAUACAUCUGUAUGUCCUUCGGUCGACAUCCCUUUUUUUCCUUAACAUAUCUUUAGUAACAGAAACUCAAUUUAGCUUGAUUUAAGAGAAAUGCCUUAAUCGAAAGGGGAGAUAUUUUCGAACUAGUUAUUCUAAAUUAUUACAGAUUGAUUUAACUGUGCCACUUUGCAAUUUAUUGCGAGGUAUAAAUAUCACAACUUAUUUGUUAGUCCAAUAUAUGUUACAUUAUUCGUUU